AUGAGAUAUAUUCGCUUCUGUAGUAAUAUUUUAAGUAACGGCAAGUGUUUGGGUGAAGGCUAUCAGUGUUGCCUUCAAUCUGAGGUUGAUUUAGAAAAUUCCUCAAAUAUUGUGACAGUUGUACAGCAAAGCGAUUCACUAAACAAUUCUAAAGAUGAGACAAAAGUAAACGAUAUGUCUGUGACUGUGAGCACAAGUCAUGGUAAAGAUGUUGUGGCCACCACUCCCAUGCCUUUAUGUGAGGGCACUUGUGUGGCACCACUUUUUAGUCUUUUAUGCGAUGAAACCGAUUAUAGUCUUUACUGUCCAAACGGUGGCAGUUGUUGUGUCAACAGAGACCCCACCACAGAAGCCCCUCCACUGAAACCCUGUCCGGGAAACUGUAUCCCAACCAUAUUGAGUGGCAUGUGUAACAGACCCUCAGAACUAAUACUCAAGACUAUUGACUGCACGUCUGGAUCCAUUUGUUGUCAUAACCCACAAGAAAAUAAUGAGGACAUUGUCAAAGACAUGAAUAUCGACGAAACAAGUCCACCAAAAGCUAAUAUUCCUCCUCAGCUUUCAAUCCCACCACCAAAUAAUCCAAUGCCUCAAAAUUAUAAUCCAAUUCCAUUCCCUCAUGAAAAUCUAUGGCCUCCUAUUCAUGCUCAAGAGGUGCCCAUUCAAAGACCUAAUUUCAAUCAUUUGCCACCCCUUCCAAUGAUUCCUCACCAAAACCCUUCCCUUCCAAACAUUCCACUCAAUCCGCAGUCGAUUCCCAAUCGAGAUAUCCUUCCGGCGCCACAUCCAUCUCCAGUGCCACCAUCACUACCAGAACCAGAGUUGGAUCAACCGAUUGAUGAUAGCUCUACUGAUAAUAAAUCCAUUGCAAUUGGAGUGGGAGGGCCUCCCUUCUGCCCGGGACCUUGUAUUGCGCCCAUGUUUAGAUUCACAUGUUUUGGCGGAAAUGCUAUUUACCCGAAAUUCCAGUGCGCCAAAGGGGGACAGAUAUGCUGUGCACCCAUGACUGACAUCCAAGCAUUUGAAGCGAAUGUAUUGGCAAAUAAUGGUGUCUGGAAGAUAAACCCCAAUAAAACUGUUAACUAUGACGACUCUCCCAUAAAACCACCUCCUCCAAGAAGACCCAAUCCAUAUAUGUGUGGUAUUAAAGGGACUCAACGUAAAGAAACCCCACGAGUGGUGGGUGGGAGCGACUCUUUCCCGGGAGAAUGGUGUUGGCAGGCGGCUCUGAUCAAUGCCCAGAACCAGUAUUUGUGUGCUGGGGCUCUUAUCUCAUCUCAAUGGGUUCUGACUGCUGCCCAUUGUAUUACAAAGUAUUGA